UUGGUGAUUCGUCUAAUAAAGAAGAUACUGAAGGUGGCGACAAUGCAAAUAUUAAUGCUGGGUCACCCGAGUCACCAUCUUCUUCAGGUGGGUUCCAUCAAAUUUCUUCAUGGACUGAUCUUUGUAGAGGACAUCAUUGUAUUGGUUGAUGUUGAUGUUAUACUUUAGACAAGACAUGUCUGCUCUCCCACGAUAUGUCCUUUCAGACUGUUAGGUGGCUGUGGUAUUGGGAACUCUUAUUGGUCAUCUGAGCCUGUUCAACUUUGCCACAAUGUUUCUUUGAUUGAAAUUCCUGACAUGUUAUGUUGCACGCAGACUUUCGACAUGUCAACAAGAUUUGUGGUUCGUCAAAAGCCAGAAAAUCCACUGUUGUUACUUGGACAAUAUAGUGAUGAGGAGGUGGAGGAAGAGUUUGGUAAAGAAAUAAGCCAUGAGACUCGUGCAGACUCUCCUGCUAAUCUUGAUGAGCAGGUAAAGGUAGACAAACAUGAGGGUGCUGGAGUUUUAGAGGAUGAAAACCUGACAGUUGACAAAGUCUAUAAAGAAAACAAGAACUCUUCACUGGAUGUCUUGCCAAAGGUAGAGGAAAUUGGUAUUAUAGAGGAUAAUACAGCAGAGUCUCUGCAGAGAGAUAUGGAUGUAGCUGAGCAGGCAUCUGAGGUUCCUAUGACGGGAGAUGUGGGCUCAGAUUGGAAAAUGGUGUUACAUGAGGAGAGCAAUUCACAAUAUUAUUGGAACGUUGUGACUGGUGAAACUUCGUGGGAAGUUCCUGCUGUUUUGACCCCCGGAUAUGAAGCAGCCUAUCAUCUUAAAUCUGGUCAAGAAGUUGAAGAAACCCAUGUAACAUCUGUUGAUACACAACCAAAUAAUGGAUCUACAAAUAGUAUGGUCAUUGAGACCACAGAGAUCACUGCUUCUAGAUCUCAAUCUGAAGUGCAUGAUGAAAAGUAUGCUAGUAUUAUGGCAAACGAUAGAGACUUGGUUAACCAUGCUAAUAUACUUGAUGCCGGUAAGAUGUCGAGUUCAAAUGGUUUUUAUUAUGGUUCAUCUGAUGGGGUUUUUGAAGACCAUUUUAGUGAUGGUUUGAGUAAUACGGGAGUCCACCGUACCAAUUCCAAUAUUCAAGAUAUGAGUAGUCACUUGUAUCAGGAAACAGUUGAUCAGUCUUCAGAUUCUUUCCGUCUUAUGCAACUUGGUGAAAAUCUAUCAGAAAGAUUAAAAUCCUUUCAAGGGUGCAAUGACCAGAUAUCAAAGUUGUUGUUUGAGCUUGAUAUAAGACUUGCAGACAUUAAAUCACUAGUACCUUACGGAUCAUCAUUGCUUCCUUUUUGGCUGCAUUCUGAAAAUCAGCUGAAAAAGCUAGAAGCUGCUGUCAACAAUGAAGCUCUAAAAUUCUCUCAAUUUGCAAAUAUUGGUGAAACGAACAAGACAGAAAACAAAUUACAGGAGAACAACAUUUGUGGAGUGAGCACAAAUAAUGCUGCUUGCUUGGAGUUUGACGCUUCUGAUCUUGCUCCUGGUGCUCCCACAGAGGAUUACACUCCUAAAUUUGUUGAUGGCACUGCCCAUGAAAUUGCAAGUCCAGCAGAUAUCAUCCCAAACACAGCCCCCCAUUGUGUGGAAGAUGUAGACAUGGAUGUGGACAUGGAUGUGGAAGAGGGAGAAAUUCCUGCUGGCGAUGAUGCAGCAGUCCAAGACUGGUCCCAAUCCGAUCAAUCUGUUGCACCAAUCACAGAAAGACAACAUGAGUCUCGUGGAUCUGCAGAACCCGAAAUUCCACCUUUGCCUGAUGAUGUGUGGGUUCCUCCACCACCACCAGAUGAAGAACCUAUACCUCCACCACCUCCGGAUGAGCCUCUAGAAUCCCAGCUCCCACCACUGACGUCAGAGAUUCAGGCAGCACAGCAUUACACUUAUGGAGAACAAUAUAGUUUUUCAUACCCAGGGUCUAACGUUGAAUAUUAUGGCCAAACAAACACACAAAAUGCUAGCAAUCAAUAUUAUGUAGAUGCUAAUGGAUGUCAAGUUGCUGCUCCUCUUCCAGCCGUUUAUUAUACGUCAGUGCCGAACCUGUAUUCAGAUGCCACUUCAAUGAUGAAUGAUGGAAAGCCCGCGGCGUAUUACACCCUACAAGAUGGGUCAGUAUCAACUGCAUCAGUCAUUGGCAGUGUAGAAACUUCUGAUCAAACCAAAUCAUCUACAGCACUUCCUUCCAUUUCAGCCCCUGCUUAUGCUCCAUCAACUUCUAUUGUAACAUCUGCUCCUGCUGUUGCUUCGACAGUUGCUCCAACUGAACCGGUUUCUAAAGCUCAACCUAAAGUUCCACGUAUAAAAAAAAGACCUGUCACAGCGGGGACCUCUUUAAGGUCUAACAAGAAAGUUUCUGGCUUGGUGGAUAAGUGGAAGGCGGUGAAAGAGGAAUUACAUGAAGAUGAAGAAGAUGAACCUGAAAAUGCGUAUGAGGUUUUAGAGAAGAAGCGACAACGAGAGAUUGAGCAAUGGAUUGCUCAACAGAUUGCAACCGGUGAAGCCAAAGACAAUGCCAACUUUCAGCCACUGGGUGGUGAUUGGCGAGAGAGGGUUAGGUGGAAGAGAACGAAAAAAUUAAAGCAAGUCGAAGAGAAUACCGCAAAGGACAAUGAUGACACGAAUCAACAGCCUGAUCUUGUUGAACUUUCAAAACAACUUCCAUAUGGAUGGCAGGCAUAUUGGGAUGAAACAUCGAAGCAGAUUUAUUAUGGUAACUCAAAGACAUCAGAGACCACAUGGACUAAACCUACCAGUUAAAGAGGGCUCAGAGGCCGCUUGGACUAAACCUAGCAUUUAAAGAGAGCCCAGUACAUCAAAGACCACAUACACUACACCUACCACUUAAACAGCUGACUUUAGAAUUGUAUACACCAAGUUUACCUUAUAAUUCUCAGCUAAUGCACUUUGUUGUACCUUUGAGACCCAGUUCAUAAAUUUUGUAUUUUUUUGUAUUUUUAAUAUUUAUCAUGUUCGAAGGCCUGGGUUUUAUCUAA